UCAACAUCAUCAUCAUCGUCCUCCUCCUCCUCCUCCUCCUCAUUCUCUCUCUCUCUCUCUCUCUCUCUCUCUCUCUCUCUCUUCGCGCACAGCAUCGUCAACAAUGGCGGAGCUCCUCCUCUCCUCCCCCGCCUCCUCCUCGGCCUCCGCCUCCGCCUCCAUCGUCGUCUCCCUCAGCGGCGCCUCCUCCCGCCUCCCGAAGAAGCCGGCGUCCGCGUCGGCCUCGGCGCAGGCUCUCCCCUUCCCCUUCCACGCUGCGUCUCCUUCUCCCUCUCCUUCGCUCCGCGUCUCAGCUCGAUCGCUGCAUCGUCUCCUCCCGCUCUCUCCUCGCCGAAACCCUAGCCUCCUCCGGGGGGCGUUUGUGAGCCGUUCGAUGGGCUCGGCGGGUGCCAUGUGUGCGGCAUCGGAUGCGGCGCAGUUGAGAAGCGCUAGGGAGGAUAUUAAGGAGCUUCUCAACACCACAUUUUGUCACCCCAUUUUGGUCCGACUGGGAUGGCAUGAUGCUGGUACUUACGACAAAAACAUCGAGGAGUGGCCACAACGAGGCGGAGCUAAUGGAAGCCUAAGAUUUGAAGUAGAGCUGAAACAUGCAGCUAAUGCAGGACUCGUAAAUGCGUUGAAGCUUAUCCAACCUAUCAAGGACAAGUAUUCUGGUGUUACUUACGCCGAUUUAUUCCAAUUGGCCAGUGCUACAGCCAUUGAGGAAGCCGGCGGCCCCAAAAUUCCCAUGAAGUACGGAAGGGUCGACGUAACAGGACCUGAGCAAUGCCCAGCGGAGAGAAAACUUCCCGAUGCUGGCCCACCUUCACCUGCUCAACACUUAAGAGAUGUGUUUUACAGAAUGGGGCUUGAUGAUAAGGAGAUUGUGGCAUUGUCUGGAGCGCACACACUUGGGAGGGCGAGACCGGAACGCAGUGGCUGGGGAAAACCAGAAACAAAAUAUACGAAAGAUGGGCCUGGUGCACCGGGUGGGCAAUCUUGGACGGUUCAGUGGUUGAAAUUUGAUAAUAGUUAUUUCAAGGACAUAAAAGAACAAAAAGAUGAGGAUCUUCUAGUUUUGCCGACGGAUGCUGUAUUAUUAGAGGACCCGUCAUUCAAGGUCUAUGCUGAAAAGUACGCGGAGGAUCAAGAUGCGUUCUUUAAGGACUACGCUGAAGCUCAUGCCAAACUCAGCAAUCUGGGCGCAAAGUUCGAUCCCCCAGAGGGUAUCUCACUAGAUGGCGACAUUAAGGCUGCGACACCCGAGCCAUUUGUGGCAGCAAAAUACUCUUCUGGUGAAAAAAAGAGGGAGUUGUCGGAUGCCAUGAAGCAGAAGAUCAGGGCAGAGUAUGAAGCCAUAGGAGGCAGCCCAGAUAAGCCUCUGAAAUCUAAUUACUUUCUCAACAUCAUGAUCGUCAUUGCUGCUUUGGCUUUUCUCACAUCUUUGCUUGGAAACUGAAACACUGCUGUUAUUUUGGUUGUAUGAAUUGCCGUUCUCCCCGUGCUUCUUCGGGUUUUGAGAAAUGAAUAGUUCAUAGAGAGCAUAACCUCAAAUUUUUGAAAGAGUUUGAAAUGUACAGGGAAAACAAACGUCCUUCAAGUUCCGAUCAUUUUGAAAUAGACCUCCCGUUUUUUAUAUUUUUAA